AAUCUUCAGACGGCUGCCCUUGGCUAAAGCAGAACCAAAUCCAGUGAGAGCCCCUGGGUGUUCCCCCUCAUUUCGGGUGGUACCCUCGUUCCACACACCAGGGCACUGGAGAAAUAUGGAAGGGGCAAACCUGAGCCAAGGGAUGGAGUUAGAGCUCUUGGGCCUCACCAGUGACCCCCAGCUCCAGAAGCUGCUCUUCACCAUGUUCCUGGGCACGUACACCAUCACUGUGCUGGGGAACCUAAUCAUGUUCCUUCUGAUCCGCAUGAGUGCCACUCUGCACACGCCCAUGUGCUCCCUCCUGAAGAGCCUCUCCUUCUUGGACUUCUGCUACACCUCCACAGUUGUCCCGCAGACCCUGGUGAACUUCUUGGCCAAGAAGAAAGUGAUCUCCUAUUUUGGCUGCAUGGCUCAGAUGUUCUUCCAUGCAGGUUUCACCACCAGUGAAUGCUAUCUCAUUGCCGCCAUGGCCUAUGACCGCUCUGCCACCAUUUGUAACCCCCUGCUCUUCCCACUCCCUGUGUCUCCUGAGAUCUGUGUCUCUUUGAUUGUGGGCUCCUAGGGUGCAGGAUUUCUCAAUUCUCUUAUCCACACAAGCUGUAUCUUUAGUCUGAAAUUCUGUGGUGCUCAUGUGGUCACUCACUUCUGUGAUGGACCACCUAUCUUGUCUCUGUCUUGUGUGGACACCUUGAUGUGUGAGAUCCUGCUCUUCAUUUUUGCUGGUUUCAACCUUUUGAGCUGCACCCUUACCAUCUUGGUCUCCUACCUCUUAAUCCUCAUCUCCUUCCUGAGAAUAAGCUCAGCCCAGGGCAGGUUCAAGGCCUUUUCCACCUGUGCUUCCCACCUCACUGCUGUGUCCCUCUUCUAUGGCACACUUUUUAUGUACCUGCGCCCCAGGUCCAGCUACUCGUUGACCCAAGACCGCACAGUUGCUGUGAUCUGCACAGUGGUAAUCCCAAUGCUGAACCCCCUUAUGUACUCCUUGAGAAGCAAGGAUGUGAAGGAAGCUUUAAGAAAGGUUUGGGGCAGGAAAAUAAUGGAAUGAUCCUCUCAACCCAUUACCACAUAUCUUUAGAAAGCCAAAGGAGGGGCUCCUGGGUGGCUCAGUCGGUUAAGUGUCUGCUUUCGGCUCACAUCAUGAUCCCAGAGUCCUAGGAGUGAGUCCCUGUGUUGGGCUCCCUGCUUAGCGGGGAGCCUGCUUCUCCCUCUCCCUCGGCCGGCCCCUCUCUCCCCCCACCUCAAAUAAGUGCCCCCUCUCUCUCAAAUCAAUAAAUAAAAUCUUAAAAAAAGCAAGCAAGCCAAGGAAACUACCUUAUGUGGUGCCAGCCCAAGUACAUGUCCGUGCUCCUCCCUGGGAAUAAACGGCAUAAGCUCUGGUCGCUGGUGCUUCUGCAUCCACCUGCCACAGAAAGAACUGGUGGUAUCAUAGAGACUAACCAGAACUGAGAAGGGAGUGUCUGCUUGUUGCAGAAUUUGACCCAUUGGCAAGAUUUAGCCGUGCCUUUGUUCAGAUGCUUUGCUCGU